GCCGCUGCCGCCACUGGCCCGUGCCGUCACCCCACUUCUCCGCACCUCGGGCGUUACUCGGCCAGCCCCUGGCGCCGCGCCGCCUCGCGGACCUGUCCUCCCGACACCUCCCGCUGCCCGCGACCCCCGCCCGGCCGCUCGCCUGCUGCCCGCCGGCCGCACACGUCCCCGGAGCCGGGCCUAGGGCGGGCGGCAGCGGCGGCUUGGCGCGGUCAGGCUGGGCUCUGUGGCGUCCCCAUGGCCGUGGCCGGCUGGCGGGACGGCUUUGGCCAAGAGAAGUACCGACUUGUGGUGGUCGGCGGUGGCGGCGUGGGCAAGUCGGCGCUCACCAUCCAGUUCAUCCAGUCCUAUUUAGAUUAUGAUCCAACCAUUGAAGAUUCUUACACAAAGCAGUGUGUGAUAGAUGACAGAGCAGCACGGCUAGAUAUUUUGGAUACAGCAGGACAAGAAGAGUUUGGAGCCAUGAGAGAACAAUAUAUGAGGACUGGCGAGGGCUUCCUGUUGGUCUUUUCAGUCACAGAUAGAGGCAGUUUUGAAGAAAUCUAUAAGUUUCAAAGACAAAUUCUCAGAGUAAAGGAUCGUGAUGAGUUUCCAAUGAUUUUAAUUGGCAAUAAAGCAGAUCUGGAUCAUCAAAGACAGGUAACACAGGAAGAAGGACAACAGUUAGCACGGCAACUUAAGGUCACAUACAUGGAGGCAUCAGCAAAGAUUAGGAUGAAUGUAGAUCAAGCUUUCCAUGAACUUGUCCGGGUUAUCAGGAAAUUUCAAGAGCAGGAAUGUCCUCCUUCACCAGAACCGACACGGAAAGAAAAAGACAAGAAAGGCUGCCAUUGUGUCAUUUUCUAGAAUCCUUUCAGUUUUCGCUACCAACUGCCAGGAAAAGCCCUUAUCUCCUCUUCCUCUCCUCAGUUUACAUCUUAUUUGGUACCUUUCUAGCCUUAGACAAAUGAUCACCUUGUUAGCCUUAGACCAAGAAGCUGGCUAGUCAGUCCUUUCCGUGAAGCUAAUACAAUGGUCAUUUCCAGACAAAUUUAAAGGAAACACUAAGGCUGCUUCAAAGAUAUCUGAUUCCUUUAAAAUAUGUGUCUAUAUACACAGACAUGCUCUUUUUUUAAGUGCUUACAUUUUAAUAGAGAUGAAUCAGUUUUGGAAUCUAAGCUGUUUGCCAAGCUGAAGCCACAGGUUGUGAAAUAAUUUUUAACUUUUGGAAUCAUACUGCCUACUGUUACUCUAAAUAGAAAUAUAGGGAUUUUUUUUAAUGUGAAUUUUUGCCUA